CAUUUAAUGCCGAUUGACGUUUUUGCAGUAUGUGCUAAAUGUAAAUAUGGACACCAAUUUACGUUAAAGCCGAAUGCUGUUAUACAUAUAAUGGCUUAUCACAGAAAAAUGAUGCACAGCUUUUUAAUAUCUAAUUAUCUUGCAAAAGAAAUUAUAAAUUUAAAGAAUAUUACAAAAUGGAUUCCACUCAAAAGAAAAAUUAAAAGAGCACUAAUAAAUUACCUUGUCAAAGAACAAACUGAUUUUUCGGUUCCAAACUCCUUUGCUGACUCCAUUAAAAUGCUAUUGGUUAACGGAUCUUCACAGUAUAAACUAUGGUUAAAAAGAGCUAUUGCUUUAGAUGAUGUCCAGACUUAUUUAAAAAGAGUUAAUAAGUUUACGCAAGGUAGUGCGAAACAGUUCAGAAGUUUGCCAGAUAUAAUUGAACCAUACACCCCAGCAGAGGAAGAAUAUGAUUAUGGAGAUAUUACUGGAUAUGCUUAUGAGGGUAUUGAACUUCCAAGCAAUAAUAACAUACCUGAGCCUACACCUGGAAUUUAUUCCAAGUUCAUCUUAAAAGAUAAUAUUGGUUUAGAUGUAAACAAAAAUAGUAAAAAUGGAUACGGAAAUCUUUAUAGAGAUUCCUCAUCUCAUUAUGAAGAAAAUUCCGAACGUCUAAACAUUGUAACCGAUUUAUCGAAACAGAAGAGAGAAAUAAACUUCAAGGACAUUACUGACAUUGCACUAACAACUUUGGCGUAUUUAUCGUUUGGAAUGUUUACUUUACAAGUGCUAAUGUGCAUAGUUAUGACUAAAGAAGAUGAACGAAAUGUAAUGAUGCUGCCCUUUGAAGUUACGGAAUCUACUGACCCCAUUGAUGAGAUUGAAGAAAUUAGAAGACGAAAGCGAUCUAUUGAGCAAAAUCAUAGUUUUGCAAAGAUUAUCGACUUAUCCAAAUUUAUACUCAUUUCUGUAGAACAUAUUUCCUCACUUGGAAGAUCAUCAACUAUUUCAAAUGAAACGAAUAUAUUUUGCAAUUUAUUCUCUAAAUUGAAAUUAUCGUUAUAUCAAAAAUCUUGGAUAUCACUAGCUAUGUAA